AAAGAUGCAGCUUUACCUUUCAAAGAAACCACUGCCGUCUCCCACAGACAGGAAGAAAUUUGACCAUGACUUUGUCGUGUCCACCUCAUUCCACGGGGUCCACAACAUUGUCCGAACCAGAAGCAAAGUUCGGAAGGUGAUUUGGCUGUCGGUGGUGCUGGGCUCGGUCAUUCUCGUCUCCUGGCAAAUCUACAAAAGCAUCAUCAACUAUUUGAACUGGCCCACCACCACAUCCAUAGAGGUUCAGUUUGUGGAAAAUAUCGAGUUCCCGGCUGUGACGUUUUGUAACUUGAACAGGUUCCAAACCCCCGCAGUUGCCAACCUCAGUAUCAUUUUUUUCAUAUGGAAUGUGGUAUCCAAAGUUCUUCGUCUUUUUGAAGUUGACCAAAACUCUACAUUUUCUAAAGAGAUUGACAAUUUCCUUAAGGGUAAUCAAGAUUUCAGCAUCAAAGAGUUCAUCAAGAGUAAAGGAUUUUAUCUCAACAAGAGCACUUUGCUAGAAUGUGACUUUUUUGGCAAGCCCUGUUCCCCUGAGGAUUUUGAACAUGUCUUCACGGAAUAUGGAAAUUGUUUUACUUUUAAUCAUGACAAUAAUGUAACAGCAAAGAGAAAAGUGAGCGUCUCUGGAAGAGGCCUAAGUUUGCUUUUUGAUGUCAAUCAGGCAGAAUUCACCGAUGACCCAGCUUCUGGUUUUACUGAUGCUGGAAUAACCUUUGUCAUCCAUUCGACUAAGGAACCACCACAGUUUGAUGGUUUAGGUUUGUCGACUCCUGUCGGAAUGCACGGCCGGGUAACUAUCCGUCAGCUGAAGACAAUUAUCCAGGAAUAUCCUUGGGGAGAGUGCAAUCCCAGCAUGAAGCUCCAGAAUUACCAGACUUACAGCACCUAUGGUUGCCUACAGGAGUGCAAAGCUUGGAGGAUAAAGGAGGCAUGUGGCUGUUUGCCAUUUCUCCUUCCAGGAAAUGGGUUAGAGUGUGAUCUACACAAAUUUCACAGCUGCGUUUCCCCUGUACUUGAUAAUAUUGAAUUAAUGGGACUAUGCACAAUGGGAACUCACAAUUCUAGUUGUCCUGUUCCAUGUGAAGAAACAGAUUACCCAGCUUCUGUCUCCUACUCUACUUUUCCAAGUCAAAAUGCCUUGAAAUAUCUUUCCAAGAAGUUGAACAAAACUCAGGAAUACAUCAGGCAGAAUCUUGUACAUAUUGAAAUAAAGUAUAAUGAUCUAAACUACAAGAUGACCCAACAGCAGAAGGCAAUGAGCAUGUCUGAGUUGCUUGCCGACAUCGGAGGUCAGCUUGGCCUCUUCUGUGGAGCCAGCAUGAUCACAGUCAUAGAGAUCCUCGAAUAUCUACUCACCAAUUUCUACUGGAUCUGCAUCUUGUUUCUGUUGAAGAUCCCGGACAUGGUCCAGAGGCCCCGCCCUGCUCAGAAUCAGUUGGGAAACAAGAAGGGGAUCCAGGAAUGUUAAUGGUCAUCUAAGGACCUGAACUCCGGCUGUACAGUGCCGUGGUGCUUUUUAGAGAUGAUUCCUACACCCUUGUCUCAUUUGGUGGGGCAACCAUUUUCAUGUACUCGAAGGCAUUUCAUCCAAUUCGGUUCUAUAAAAUAAAAAUGGAGAAAAGCCAGUGGUGCUUAACUACA